UUCACAAAGCAGGUUUAUUGAAAACUCAGAGUCUGUUAACCCUGGAAUCACGGAAACUCAGAGUUUUCCGUUUCACAAAGGAGGGUCAGUCAAACCCGAGAGAGAGGGUUAACUCUAACCUGUUUCACAAAGUGAGGUAACUUAACCUCAAGCUCAGUUGCCAUAGUAACAGACUCCGUGAAUCUAACCUGGUUGGGACCAGGUUUUCCUGAAGAAACCCUGAGUUUCUCUCUGUCUCCGCCCACUUUCAGAGCCACAUACUUAAUUUGAUUUCCUCAUUCCUGCGCUGUCAGAACGUCCUCUAGUUCCAGAAGGCAACGUUUGGUGUCAACUUUUUGAACAUGGCGUGUCCUUUUGAUCACGAUCCUGUGGACGAAGGUGCAGCAAUCCUGCGCAGGGAAUUACAUAUCUGUCGGCAGAGAGUACUCAGACCAUGCAUAGAUAUUUCAGCCCUCCCGGACAAUUUUCUUUUUGAGCGGUACCGUUUUACUUCACAGUCUAUAAUUUACAUACACAACCUCAUCCAUCCGCACAUUUCAAACAUCACGAGUCGCAGUCAUGCGCUCACAUCGCAGCAGAUUUUGUGUGUGGCGCUGCGUUUUUUUGCCAAUGGCAGUUUUUUGUAUAACAUCGGAGAUGCUGAGCACUUGAGUAAGGCAACUGUAUGCAGGGCCAUCAGAAGAGUCUGCCUCGCCCUGAAAAGACUUUUACCUAUAUUUGUUGUCUUCCCUGGACACAAACCUGUCAGGGCCAUUAAGGAAGAGUUCCACAGGAUCGCAGGAUUUCCCAAUGUGAUUGGCUGCAUAGAUGGUACGCACAUUCUCAUCACGGCUCCCUCACAAAAUGAGGCUGAUUAUGUGAAUAGGAAGUCCAUUCACAGCAUUAAUGUGCAGAUCAUAUGUGAUGCUGCACACAUAAUCUCCAAUGUGGAGGCCAAGUGGCCUGGGUCUGUUCAUGACUCAAGGAUAUACCGCGAGUCAAACCUGAGUGCCAGGCUGCAGCACGGAGAGUUUGACGGCCUUCUGCUGGAUGACAGGGGUUACCCCUGCCAACCAAGGCUGCUGACCCCUUACCCGGACCCUGAGCCAGGGCCUGCGAUAUUGUGGCAUGUGUUGUUCUUCAAAAUAUCGCCACUAUUAGAGGAGAGCAAACCCCGCCCUACAGAUUGAUGACCCCGAUGAAGACCCCGUCC